AUGGAACCAGGCAAUGGUACACAAAUUUCAGAAUUUCUUCUCCUGGGAUUUUCACAGGCACUGGAACUGCAGCCCCUCAUAUUUGGACUUUUCCUCUCCAUGUACCUGAUCACUGUGUUGGGAAACCUGCUCAUCAUCCUGGCCGUCAGCUCAGACACCCACCUCCACACACCCAUGUACUUCUUCCUCUGCAACCUGUCCUUGGUAGACAUCUGUUUCACCUCCACCACCGUCCCAAAGAUGCUAUGGAACAUCCAGACACAAAGCAAAGUUAUCACCUAUGAAGGCUGCAUCACCCAGAUAUAUUUUUUCAUACUCUUUGCUGUGUUGGACAACUUUAUCCUGACCGUGAUGGCCUAUGACCGGUUUGUGGCCAUCUGCCACCCCCUGCACUACAUGGUCAUCAUGAACCCCCGGCUCUGUGGACUGCUGGUUCUGGUGUCCUGGAUCAUGAGUGUCCUGAAUUCCUUGCUAGAAAGCUUAAUGGUGUUUGGUUUGCGCUUCUGCUCAGACUUAGAAAUUCCCCACUUUUUCUGUGAACUCCGUCAGGUGGUUCAAAUUGCCUGUUCCGACACCUUUCUUAAUAACAUGGUGAUGUAUUUUAUAACUGUGCUACUGGGUGGUGGUCCCCUUGCUGGGAUUCUUUACUCUUACUCUAAGAUCAUUGCCUCCAUAUGUGGAAUCCCAUCAGCUCAGGGGAAGUACAAAGCAUUUUCUACCUGUGCGUCUCAUCUCUCAGUUGUCUCCUUAUUUUAUGGUACAAGCCUUGGAGUUUACCUCAGCUCCACUGCUACCCACAAUGCAACAGCCUCAGUGAUGUACACUGUGGUCACACCCAUGCUGAACCCAUUCAUCUACAGUCUGAGGAACAAUGACAUAAAGAGGGCCCUGCAAAGGUUCCUUGGCAGGUAA